AUGGGUCGUUUUCUGGUACACGGGCUGUUCCUCAGUUUAUUUCUUUCGCUCACUAAAAUAUAAGAACACAACGUAACUCACUAAAGUCAGUUUGUAUUUGAGAGGGGAAACACCAGAGUCAUGCAAGUCAGAUUGACUGUAGAUCCAGAAAGUUAUAGAGAAAGAAAAUCUUUUAACUUCGGGAAGAAAGAAAAAGAAAAUGGCGAGGUGAGGUGGGAAGUGGGGGCCUCGUGGUUUUUGGGUUCUCUCUUCUUUGAAAGAAACGUCACUCUUUUUCUGUCUACAGCCAAAGUAAAAGUUGUUUUUAUUUCAUUGUUGCCAAAGUGAAAUAAGGACACUUUGUUAAAACUGAAUCGCUAGUUUUAUAUGAUUAAAGGUUCUUGUGGAGUCUACAUUGAGGGCUAGGUGGUGGGGUGGUGGUGGGGGGCGGUGGUGCUGAUUCAAAGGAAAAUAGUAGAGAUGGGGUGGGAACACUCUGAGAUUUGGCUUUUUGUGUGUGUGUAGCCAGUGGUGGCUGUCAAAAGAUUAGAUGAGGAACAGCUUCAUUUUUUUUAUGUGAAGUUUUUGGGUGUUGUUGGGUGGAUUUGGUGGUACGUGGGGUUACUCCUUUUGGGUUUUGUCCUGCAGGUAAUAGGCCCUCUCAUGCAUUGAACGUAGUAUUGUGUUCUCUUCUGCUGUGUGACUAUUGCCAUGCUUAUAUGAUUCUUCUUAUCUUUUGGUACUUGGCUAACUGGUAAGAAACACAAGGUCCUUCGCGAUCGGACAUUUUGGGCCGUUUCUAGAGACACAUCUUCAAAUUGAUAAGAAACACAAGGUGCUUCGCUAUCAGACAUUUUGGGCAGUUUCUAGAGACACAUCUUCAAGGUGUUUGUAGCUUAAAUUGAAGAGCUGGAAGGGUAUUUUGAUUUGUAAAGGAAUUUGCAUUCUGGGGUUCUGGUCUUGAAGCUUUGUGGACCAGAAGUAAAGGUCUCUUAGUAGUGUGUGUGAGAUCCAUUGGUUAAGAAAAGCAAAAACAAGAGAGAGGAGCAUAAACAAAUGAUAUAAGGACGGUGGUGUCAGUUUUGAGCAAGUGGGGGUGUCUCUCUUGCUUUAGUUUAUAUAAAUGUUUUAAGACAAUUUUUAGACAUUGUCUCCUUAGUUAACCUUCUCAGUCCUGGGCCCUUGGACUCUGUUACCAAUUCAGGAAGCAAACUCACUUCACUUUGUCAAAGAUCAUACUGACUCCAUUUAGUCAUUUCUCUCUUUCUCACCUUGGCCUUGUUUUGUGGGCAAGAUUUCGGACACGUUAAGAAACUCAUCAUCAAGCUUUCUUUGAUCCAUUCUCUUUGGCUUGAACAGCUGGUCAAUUUCAGGAGUUCAAUCUCAUUUCUGGGUUUUUUUUUUCCCUUUUUUUCUUCCCUGAAGCCUUCAUGGUGGUUUUGCUUCUGUAAUUGUGGAUUUGAAACAAUUUGGAAAUUAGAUUCUGCAAGGGAGGGGAGCUGAUCUUUAUUUGGCAAAAUGAAGUUCAUGAAACUUGGAUCCAAGCCUGAUUCGUUUCUGGUGGAUGGGGACAAUAUUAGGUAUGUGGCAACUGAGCUGGCGACUGACAUAGUAAUUAAUGUUGGAGAUGUGAAAUUUUAUCUGCAUAAGUUUCCACUGUUGUCCAAGAGUGCACGUCUGCAGAAACUGGUUGCAAACAUAAAUGAUGAGAACAGUGAUGAGAUUCACAUCCAGGAUAUUCCCGGUGGACCUGCAGCUUUUGAGAUAUGUACAAAGUUCUGUUAUGGUAUGACAGUCACUCUUAAUGCAUAUAAUGUGGUUGCAGCUCGAUGUGCAGCAGAGUACCUUGAAAUGUAUGAAACUGCUGAGAAAGGAAAUCUCAUCUACAAGAUUGAAGUCUUCCUUAAUUCUAGCAUCUUCCGUAGUUGGAAAGACUCGAUUAUUGUUCUUCAAACCACAAAGUCUCUUCUUCCAUGGGCUGAGGAAUUAAAGCUGGUCAGCCAUUGCCUGGAUUCCAUAGCUUCUAAGGCUUGCAUUGAUACUUCCAAGGUGGAGUGGUCAUACACCUAUAAUAGGAGAAAGCUCCCAUCUGAGAAUGGGAAUGAUCCCAUCUGGAAUGGUGUAAGAAAACCUCAAACAGUUCCAAAAGAUUGGUGGGUGGAAGAUCUCUGCGAGCUUCACAUUGAUUUGUAUAGAAGGGUAAUUACAACAAUCAAAACGAAAGGAAGAGUCUCUGGUGAUGUAAUUGGCGAAUCCUUGAAUGCAUAUGCCUUGAGAAGAUUGCCAGGUUUUAGCAAGGGAAUAAUACAGAGUGGUGACAUCAUAAGAUAUAGAUCAUUAGCAGAAGCCAUUGUGUGGCUACUGCCCUCAGAGAAAGGCAGCGUUCCCUGUACUUUUAUGCUCAGGUUGUUAAGAGCAGUGAUUCUGUUAGAAUGUGGAGAGAUGGAAAGGAAUGAACUGAUGAAAAGGAUUGGCCUGCAGCUAGAGGAUGCUACAGCGGCUGAUCUUUUGAUUCGUGCCCCAGCUGAGGAAACAGAAAUGUAUAAUGUUGAUAUCGUGCAAAGCUUAGUAGAGGAGUUUGUGAUGAAUAAACAGAAUGCUCAGAGUGAUUUUCCCAUGGAAAAUGAGUACCAGGAGAGUAGAAGCCCAAAGUUAGGAUCAGAUGGUUCCAAGAUGAAGGUAGCAAAGUUGAUUGAGAGCUACCUUGCUGAAAUUGCACGAGAUCCCAAUCUCUCUCUUUCAAAGUUUGUUAAACUUGCAGAAAUGGUGUCUAAUUUCCCAAGACCAUCCCAUGAUGGACUUUACCGUGCCAUUGAUAUGUAUCUUAAGGAACACCCUGGGAUAAGUAAGAGUGAGAGAAAGAGAAUAUGCAGAUUGAUGGAUUGCAGGAAGUUGUCAGUGGAUGCCUGCAUGCAUGCUGUGCAAAAUGAGCGGCUUCCCUUGAGGGUCGUUGUGCAGGUCCUCUUCUUUGAGCAGGUUAGGCAAGCAACAUCAUCUGCUGGCAACAGCACACCAGAACUACCAGGGUCCAUUAGGGCAUUACUUCCUGGUGGAUCUCAUGAUGGGAGCUCAAGGUCGACUACAACCAACACAGAAGAGGACUGGGAUGCUGUGCCAACAGCUGAAGAUAUAAAGGCUUUGAAAGGGGAACUUGCUACACUACGAUUAGGUGGGAGCAAUAGAAAUCCGAAUGAUGGUGCUAAAAGUGAUGCUGAAAAGCUUGCAGCCAAUAAAAUGAAAGGUUUAGUCAUGUCAAAGAUCUUCUCAAAGCUCUGGUCAAGCAAAGAACGAAAUGGUGAGAUUAGCAGCUCUGAUACAUCGGAGAGUCCUGGUUCAGCUGCUGAAGAAGCAAAAUCCACCCCUUCCAGAAGCAGGAGGCAUUCUGUAUCUUAACAAGUCACAGAUACACAGAAGAAGAACUAGAUCAUGCAUCUCUUGGCUUGUAAAAUUAUCACCUAGUUGACCAUUAGGAAAUUAAAACCCACUUUUUCCAGCUGAUUUUCUGCUGGAAUUUUUCAUGCAAAAGAGACAAGUUGAGAGGAAUGGGAGCUGAUUUCUUUGAGAUCUUACGCUACCAAUUUUUGGUUCUGCAUAGAGAUGGAGCUACCUAAUACUCGCUGUUGGCCUUAAUGACUAAGAUAUGUUCUCUGAUACA